GAAAAGCGAGGCUAGGACAAUUGACGUGUUCUACAGCUGAGCCAAAUUCAUGGCCUAUGUAGUUGUUGCUCUACAAAGGCUGUUACUUGACGACUUCGUCAUUCUUCAACAUAGCUCCUUCUGUCGUUCCGAUACCCGAAGCACUAUAUAGAUGGCAUCCCAAGGCUUUGCGAUGCCACGACUCACUUUCGGGCGCGACAUUGUGGCGAGUAAGCCCUGCGCAGCACUGGGCUUGCGGCGGGCUCCCGCAUGCCCCCGAGUAGCGCCCGGCCGGGCUGAGCAGCAGCCGCGCAAGCACCUGGAGCCCGUGCACGUAGCUCAGGCACCCCUCUCGUCUUCCACAACGACAAAUGGCACACACAGCGCACCCGCCCCGGUUGCUUCGACCUCAUCUCGGGACGCGAGCGAGGCUGCCGCUGCUUCUGCGCUCUCGGCAAACCUUCUACUGAUCUGCCCUGACCAGAAGGGCGUGAUUGCUGCUGUGAGCCAGCUUCUGUAUGGCUUCGGCUGCAACAUCGUCGCUUCGGACCAGUUCACGGACAGCAGCAGCGGAAUGUUCUUCCAGCGCAUCACCUUUGACUUCUCGGAGAUCGUGAUUGGGCCUGGCAACACCGCGGUGCUGGAGCGGGCCAUCGCCGAGCUGGCCAACCGCUUCAACAUGAAGUGGAAGAUCGCCUACAAGAACAAGGUGAAGCGCAUGGCGGUGCUGGUGUCCAAGCAGGACCACUGCCUGUACGACCUGCUCAUCCGGCUGCGCAGCGGCGAGCUGCGGUGCGAGAUCCCCUUCAUCAUCUCCAACCACCCCGACCUGAAGCAUAUUGCGGACACGUUCAAUGUCCCGUUCGUGCACCUGCCGCUGGACAAGAACAACAAGGAGGCCCAGGAGGAGGCGUUGGAGAAGCUGAUUAAGGAGGAGAAGAUUGACGUGGUCAUCCUGGCGCGCUACAUGCAGAUCUUCACACAGGGCUUUUGCGAGCGGCACUGGGAGCACACCAUCAACAUCCACCAUUCCUUCCUGCCCGCCUUCGAGGGUGCGCGGCCCUACCACCGCGCGCAUGAGCGCGGCGUGAAGAUCAUCGGCGCCACGGCGCACUUCGCCACCGCCGAGCUGGACGCCGGCCCUAUCAUCGACCAGGCAGUGGCGCGCAUCACACACCGCGACAAUGUGGAGGACAUGAUCCGCAAGGGCCGCGACCUGGAGCGCAUGGUGCUGGCGCGUGCCGUGCGGUGGCACCUGGACGACCGAGUCAUGGUGUACAACAACAAGACCGUGGUGUUUGAGGACUAAUUGAUAGCUAUGGCGGCGUGUAUAUGCUGGUCCUCCGGCACGGCGGGACGGGCCAGAGAUGCAGCAUGGUCGUGCUGUCUGUGCAGCGUCUAUCAUUCAUGGUCAUGAUUGCGCGCACUGCUCAAGCGCCUUAGAACCGGGAACACGUCAGAGUGCAGGAAGCUCUGCAACCUGCAUAACGCACGAUGCUGUUGAUAUGACAGCCGUGAUUGCUGUUCGACCAGGGCAGCCUAUGCACCGAGACGUGUGUCAGGGAAAGGCUGAACAGGUCGGGAGAGGCCCAUUGGCGGUUUCUGCAGGGGCUCCAAUGCGUCGCGGCAUGAUAGUAGCAUUAGCAUUACGCUGCGCCUUACAUCUAUACUGGAGGCAUUGAUAUUGCACGUCAGCAUGACUCGGUAUUGGUACCGGCAUGGCGCAGGCGCGCAGCUCGCGGUGGUGUGCAAGAGAUGGUUGCCUGUCGUGGUACUGUCGCGCGCACACAUUGUGCAUGGCAUGGUCCUGGGGAGUGCAUGAGGAGUUCCGCAUGGGGACCUUGGAUUGGGCUGGAGCGCUCCGAAGUAGGCCGCGGCGUGCGAGGGUCCCAUAGGCAUGAAAGAAGGUGUGGUGCGGACAGGCUGGGAGGAUACCGCAUGCUCGCGCUUCCAUGGUGGUAAGAAGCGCUUCUAGGAGGUGGCUCGACGCUGUAAAGAUUGAAAUUG